AUGACUGCGAAAGAUAUAGAACAUACGUAUCCAGCAGUCAGCAAUUUAAUUGCAAGGCUUAAGUCGAGAAAGGUUCAUAAGCCUUUUCCAGUGGCUGUUGAAACGGCUCUUGUAAUGCGACAAGUCAUUUCUCAAACACGAUGGUCUACCGUAGAUCAACUUUUGGAAGCAAUUCGAGCAGUAGGAUCUUCUCUUGUGAAAGCCCAACCUAGUGAAUUUUCUUGUGGAAACAUCGUUCGUAGAAUUUUGCGAAUGAUCCGUGAAGAAUACCAGGAUUUGCUAAAUACAGUUGAAGAAGAGCACAUCAAUAAAGAAAGAGCAAAUGGUUCAUCUACUUCUUCAUCGGUUACUACUCCAAGUAGUGGUUUGUCGAAUGACCAGCUAGCAGAACGAAACGAACCAAUUUCUUUUCAGAUGUACUCCUCAAUGCUUAACCUAUUAGGAAGACCAGUUCCUGAAGCUUACCCACAAGAUAAAAAUCUCGGUGAUAGCAGAGUCACUGGCGGGAUGGAUAUGCGUGCAGUGCUUAUAGCUGGGAUUCAGGAGAUUAUUGAUGAACUAGACAAAAUUAACACCGACAUUGAAAUUCAGUCUAUGGAUCAUUUGCAUUCCAAUGAAAUCAUUUUAACUCAGGGAUGCUCCAAAACCGUUGAAGCAUUCUUGCGGUUUGCUGCAAAGAAAAGAAAGUUUUCCGUCAUCGUGGCAGAAGGGUUUCCCAAUAUGCAAGAUGGAGCUCAUGCAAUGGCAAAGCGUCUUGCGAAUGCUGGAAUUGAUACAACGGUCAUUUCAGAUGCUGCGAUAUUCGCCAUUAUGUCGCGGGUGAACAAAGUUAUUUUAGGCACACAUGCAAUUCUCGGUAAUGGUGGAUUGGUGACUUAUAGUGGUGCUCAUCUCGUCGCUCAAGCUGCUAGACACCAUGCUACUCCUGUCGUGGUUUGCUCCGGUAUAUACAAAUUGAGUCCCGUUUAUCCUUAUGACCUUGAGUCUAUUAUCCAACUUGCUUCUCCGGGAAAUAUCAUUUCAUUCAGAAAAGGCGAUUUAAUCAGCGAUGCUGAAAUCUUGAACCCAUAUUAUGAUUACAUCCCACCAGAUCUUGUCGAUCUUUUUAUCACAAAUUUGGGUGGAUAUCCUCCUUCGUAUCUGUACCGUAUUAUGAACGAUACUUACGACGCAAACGACACUAUUCUUUAA